AUGUCUUUGAAAGUACCAACGACAAGACAACGCAAGUCGAGGAGCAGCGGCCAAGAGGUCCAUAAAAUCCUAGUAGAACCCACACCUGAAAAACAAGUCAUAUAUGAUCAAGUCCGGGAUGAAGAAGCACGGUACGAGAAGCAGCGUGAUUUAGAGCAACAUGUCACAUCACAAAGCUAUCCCUGCCCUGCUAACCUCAGGGCGCCUCCAAUGGUACGCAGCGUGACGAACGAAAGCCAUAUAAGUGACAGCAUGUCACCAGUCUCGACUACAGACAUUGCGGAUCAAGCAAUACCGACGAUCGAGGUCUCACACACGGCUGGGAAGCGCCUACGAGGGCGGAGACAUGGCCCUUUGCCUGUAGGGAAGAGAUUCAAGACCGCAAUCAAGAGGAAAUUAAACCUUGUUUGUAAACACUGCAAGGAAAAGAAAGUAGUCUGCGACCACUACGACCUGUCAAAGUUUGAAGAAGCUUAUCAAUUUCGCAAAAGACCCACGCAAACAGAGUCCGCUCGUUUGAGUCCUAUACCAACGGACUUGCUGGGCUUUGGGGACGAUGACCCGCUAGCACCCGAUUUGCCACCCGACGAGGACCUGGGGAGCGACUUAAGUUCGGUUGCUUCGCGGCCAAAUUCAAGACAACAAGAUCUCCAUAACUUCAUAAACAAUUUUGACAGCCGCAGCGUAAGCCUCGGCACCGGGACUCUCCAAACCUCAUUCGGGCGAUCAUAUAACCCAGGCCUUCCAAGUCCUGCUCCACCAUUUCAGAACCUAUCGCCACCAUUUCCCAUUGGCAGCGAGAUGCCUGCAUAUCCGGGUCGUUGGAGGUGCGAGUAUCGCCGACUGAGCUCGAACUCACUAUUGGAGGAAGACUGUUCUUGGUCAGGGCCGGUAGGAGCCUUGAAACAACACUUUGCACUAGAACACUAUUCCUUCGAGGAGGAAGAGUGGUGGUUGUGCUGUUUGUCAUGCGAAUCACUCUCUCUGGGAUCCAACCAUCCGGUGCAAUGUUUGAUGCAGAACUGUUACGGGACAUCGUGGAAGAGGUGGCUUUAUGGCCACACGCUUAUCGAAACGCCGGCACUGACACAGUCUGGGGAGUCGGAAAGCGGGUUUUCGUUUGACGCGUCGGGAUAUGAUGACCGUAUAAACAUUCAGUAUGGCGCCCUGUAA